CUGGCAGCUGUCCUGAGUAGCCCUAGACACGCGACUUGCACCCCAGGCCCGGCGCCCCCUUACACAUCCCUCUUCCUAUCUCCCGUCGCUCCCCAAAAUGUGUCGUUCCGACAGCAGCUGAGCAUCGCCCCCCUCAGCAGGGGACUUACCUUAACUCCAGCACAAGCUUCCCCAAGCAGUCAUGGGGACGAACAGCAAUGGCUUCCCAAAAGCCAAGAUGAAGCGAAAAGAACGGAUCGGAAGUUGUUCAACAAAAAUUCUAAAAAGAACCUCGUUGGAGGUAUCCAAGAUGAUGAGCUUUAUUCGCCCAGUAAUCUGCUAAACGACACAGAAUCCGAAUCAACCAAAAAAAUUGUUGUCAAGGACGAAAAUUUUCAAGAUCUUACAAAAUCUACUGAUUAUGAUGAAGUGGGAACAACCGCCGAGCAGUUUUACUUGCAAGAAUUGGAGCAGCAGCUGCAGAAAGCAAAGGAGGUGCGCUUAGACCGUAUCGAUCUUCGCACUUGGAAGCAGAAGUUGCUUAAAGCAGCUGGCGAUGACGUAGGGCUUCACGCAGACCUCAGUGGUUUCAUGCAAGCACUUUCUUCUGCUAAAGAUGCUCCCGAAAGUGGCUAUGAGACCACGCUGUUGGCUCGUCCAGAGCCAUCAACGAACUUCAUCACGGAAGACCUCGUACCUUCAAUGGACUCGACGUCUAAGAUGUCAGUGCACAGUUCGAGGGAGGUCACUUCAGCUGAGGUUCGAGAUAUGGCAUUGAAAAGGUGGCUUAAAUCCUCCUCUGCAGCUAUCAGUUCUGAUGAAGCUGAGCGCAGGAAAAUCGAAGAACUCUCCUACAAAAUUCUCAGCCUAGCAGACCCUGAAGAAGAAUCAAAAGACGAAGCCAACGACCGUGAGAUAUACAAGGCAGUUUUCACCAGUGUUGCUGCGUAUCAAAUAAGGAAACUGCAGCGAAAGUUGAGAAACGGGCGCGUGAAGCGCGACGAGGAGAUGGUGUGCUACAAGGACCUGGGCUGCUUCAGGGACGACGGCGCCUUCGACUACCUGGACGUGCUGCCCUCGCCCCCUGAGGAGAUCAACACGAAGUUCCUGCUGUUCACGCGCAAGAACCCAGAAGCGGCGCAGAUUUUUGACCCCAACAACGCAACGUCGAUGCAAGCCAGCAACUUCGACGCCGAGAGCCUAACUAAAGUGAUCGUCCAUGGCUUCGGGUCCUCUUGCCAUCGGGUCUGGGUGCGGGAGAUGCGAGCAGCGCUUCUAACGAUGGUUGACGUGAACCUGAUCUGCGUGGACUGGGAGAACGGGGCGACGGUUCCUAACUACAUGCGCGCCGCCAGCAACACGCGCCUCGUCGGCCGACAGGUUGGACGGAUGGUAGAGUCGCUGAUGAAGGCAACCAACACCUCGCUGGACAAGUUCCAUCUGAUCGGCUUCUCGCUGGGCGCUCACGUGUCUGGCCACGCUGGCAAGAAGCUAAAAUUCAAACGAAUUUCAGGGCUGGAUCCAGCAGGACCUUUGUUCGAGAACUUCCCCCCAUCAGUUCGCCUGGACUCCUCCGACGCAGAGUUCGUUGACGUGAUCCACACUAACGCAGACUCGUUGAUACGCGGCGGCUUGGGCGCCUACCAGGCCAUGGGGCAUGUCGACUUCUACCCCAACGGCGGCAGGAUGCAGAAGGGAUGCACAAACCUCUUCGUGGGCGGGGUGUCCGAUAUUUUGUGGCCCACGGAAGGGGACGGACGUUCUCUGUGCAACCACCGGCGGGGUUACAAGUAUUUCGUGGAGUCCAUAGCGCCGGUGUGCAGGUUCCCCGCGUUCGUGUGCACGGAUUACGACGCCUUCAUGCAGGGGGACUGCUUUCCGUGCGCGGGCUGCGGCAACAUGGGCUACUACUCAGACAAGGCUGAGGGUCGGGGGCAGCUUUACCUUGUCACGCGAGACUCUGAGCCUUUCUGUGCGAACCAAUACAAGGUGUCGCUGAAGCAUUCGGGGGGGCCGCCCCUGCUGAGCGCCGUCAGCACUUACGGCAGGAUAGACGUCACCUUCAUCGGGGCAGACGGCAUCAACGAGACCAUUCCUCUGACCAGGAUGCCUGACGAAGAGCUGAAGGCAGGCUCGAGUACCGUGCGAAUCCUAGUGCCUCAUCCUGCCAUCACAGGCAUCACGAGCGUACAGCUGCUGUACACAGCGUACGAUGGAUGGCUGUCCUCCGGCUCCAAGCGCUGGGCCAUCGACAAGGUGUCCAUCAUGGACAGCUUCGGCAACAUUCAAUCGUUCUGCAAGCUGGGAGUGACGCUGGAGAGCGGCGUGCCCUUCGUGGCGCGUCUGCAACCAACCGCCUGCACCCCGCGCUUCACGCCCUGGCGCACCAUCCCCCCUGCCCGUCCUGGUCUGAAUGUCACUCCGUCACCCAACACUCGUACUAACGCCACGUCAGGCAUUACCAUCAUCGAGCACAACACCGUCAUCAGCACGCAAGGAUCCAACGUCUCCGUCAUCGUUCCUGAAUCAUCGAACAAGCAAGAGGCCGGUGGCGCCAUCCGGCCUAAAGAACCUUCCUUCCACAGUCACCUUCCCACUAGCGAAGUAUCCGUCAACAUGGGCGGUAACGUCCAGACAAAUCCUCCUCAAUCAUCAGUUGUUAUUAGUUUCCCUGGAUCUCGCGAGCCUCCGUCUGAGAAUCAUUCUCCUCCUUUUGCUUCACCAGCUUCUGCACCAUCUGCUUCAUCGACGUUCUCCAUUUCUCUUCCAUCAGCGCCUUCAGGAACUGUGUACAAAUUUGUCCCUCCUCAUGGAGCUCCAGACGUGGCGCACACCAACUUGCACUGGACCUAUAAUUACGACGAUUACUUUGAUUAUAACCAUCACGUGGUACACCUUAACUCAACAGAGUACAAACCCAAAUUACCUCCAACGCUUGUCGUCACAUCCAUGCCCCUUCCCGAAGAUUUUGGUCAAAGCUCAUCUGAAACAGUGCUCCGCGUCAGCGGUAACGAAACUCACAACAACGGAUCCAACUUGAGAGACGGACCAGCUCCCAAUCUCUACCCAGCGAGCAUGACGGAGGGCAUGGAAGAAUCUGGUUACUCCUAUGAUAACGAAGACCUCGAUUUUGAAAUUACGACUACAAUGGAAGACCUAAUGCCCGGGGUGGUACUACGGCCAAAUAAUUUCAACGCGUCGCGCAGUAGAGUCGUCAUAAAAGUGAACGAAACACCAGCAAAACUGUGGGGGCUAACUAGUCUUCACAACAAGGCUCCUGCAAGUUAUGCGAUUAAUUCAAAGAAUGUGACAUCGCAAGAAAUAAUUUCUGUUAAUUUGAGUUCCAUUAAUUCUUCCAGCCCUCGACUUGAUUCGCCAUCAGGGUCGAUGCAGUCAGAAGACACGCACAGUAAUAGUCAAAGUAUCAAUUCAGAAUCUACUGCAACCAAUGUGGCAAAGUCUGAACUCGCCGAUCAAAAAGCCCAGCUUGAUGAAUCUCCUUACCAAUUUGGCUACAUCCUCCAAAACGGUGAUGUUACAGGUCAAACUCUACUGAUGCUAAACAGGCAUAAUGUCAACGGGCACUCUUCCGACAAUCCUUUAGCGGCCUACAUGAGAGAUUUUGUCAACAAAUCAGAAUUUCCUAAUGGCAACGAUUCGGGUUUGGGUGCAUCAGGCAUUUUGUACAAUAGCCUUGUUGAUGGAGAAGUUCCAAUGAAUGAGAGAGCACGUGCAUUGUUCCCCGGCUCAAGCAAUACCAACAAUGCGAAUCUGCAAACAAGUAAACGAACCAACGUCUCACGGGAAAAGAUGAAAAAAGAUGAUGCUAGUACAGCAAGUAAAGGAAACAUCAACGUUCCUUCACCGGAAAUGAUGGCAGCAGGAGAUGGAGACAGCAGCAUCCGCCCAAGUCCGCCUAUUGAUAGAUACAUUUCGCACGGUCAUGAUUCGUAUCACAACGGCCCGCACCACAACAUCAAAUUCCAACACAAAGGAAAUGAUUCUGAGCGAAUGCCGAUUCUUUCUGUAAAUUUGAGACCUCCUGCUGCUCCAAAUGGCUUUAAAGAUCAUAGCAGUGAUCGGGGUGAACAUACAACAAACGCACCUGUCCUUAGCACCACGAGCGCUCCAUCGUACCUUGCGCGGCUUACAGCUUACUUCCCACAACUUUUUGCUGAUCAACUCGCUUCGUUUACCAAAGACAGUCCAAUAACUGAGGCUCCGACUCAAGCUGUCACUGAUGAAAUUAGAUCAAAUACGACAAUUUCUGGAUUGGAAAGUCAAAGUAAUUUGACGGAGCGCAUUAAAGGAGGAAAACUCGUCGCCAAUACCGAAUCCAUGGGUUCCGAAAACCCGUCGUCAACUACAACCACGACGGAAUCUUGGUUUCCCUACUCAUGGAGUUAUUUUUCCGGUCGCAGAUCUUCUGAAGAAACGGAAGACGAUUCAUUUGUUCAUAGUGAAGAUGAAAACCGUGCAAUAUUACCAACAAUUAAUGUACAAAGUGCGAAGCACGCUGCAGUUUCGCAGGGCGAGAUUAUUUCAUCGUACACCACACAUGAGUUACCGCAUCCUAUGCCAGAUGCGCCAAACAAGCAUUUCAACCCUUUAAUUUCGUUCUCUCUUCCUCAAAACACUCAUUUCCAAGUAACCGAAAAUGUAGCUCCCGGUAGCGAUGGCGGGCAACUGGGAACGGGCACCAGUCAGCGAAGAACUGAGCCGCCUCUGGGACGACGGCGAAUUCGUAACCAUCAUCGCUACAACCAAAAAGGAGGGAAAAGUUCUCCAAGUUUCAGACUUUUACCGAAGUCGAUUAAAAUCCCCAAAGAUCUUCCUCCGAACUAUCCGUUUUAUCAACUCAACCCGUUGACAGCCCUUCCAACCCGUUUAGUUGCUCCUCCUCCGUUGCCCUCCGAACAAGUCUUCCAUAGGAACUCAGGUGAUAAGGAAUUGGCUUCCGUUACGGAUUCUGCUUAUCAGGCGUCUGAAAUUUCCUAUCCUAGAGUUUUAGUGGGCGAUCAUCGAUCAAAUGUUGCAAUAGUUCAGUCAUUAGAUCCUCACAAAGUGUCAAACUUUUCGUCGGAUGUUGAAUUGAAAUCACAAACAGGAUUGUCAGAGAAGCGAAACGUUAUUGACACGAAAAGCUCGAACGGGAGCGAUGUUCAAAAUGAUGCUGACAGUAUCAAUGCCAAACCCGCAAAUUCAUCUGAAAGCCGAAAAGAACGCAAAUUGGAAAUUUACGACAAAACUUCGAUCAUGAAAGUGCCUGUAUCUCAUGAUGUCACGAAGGCUGGCAGAAUUUCACAAUUGAAAGAUGUACCGCAACCCGACGCUGAUUUAGUUUCUUUCGACUAUCGUCACGAAAGGCCACUGUCUAAUUUACCGCUGGUUGGACAUCCGAACGCAGAGAUCGCCUCGUCUAACAACGGUGUGAUAUCACAACCAGAUUUGGCUGGCGAUUUCGUGGGUUACGCACUUGAUCCAAACCCUCAUUAUACAUCUUCAGACAGAGGAGUCCGUCCAGUCAACGCACCCGAUCAGUCUCAAUUAUGGCAACAAGAGCACCAGUUUGACACUGGUGCGAAAAACGGCGACUUGAAACAGCCAAACUACAAAUCUGGAAUUUCCGUCAUUUAUGAUACAGCUCCUAAACACUUUGGAGCACAUGGCGUUAACCAUAAUGUUGGGCCCUCUCUUCCGAAUAUUCCUGAAACUUCGAGUUUUAGCGACUCGUCAGCUUUGCUGGACGAAUUUGUUUUUGUUGAUUCAUCUUAUGCCUCUCUUCUGCCUAGCCCGGCACUUCCUGAGCCUUUGGUCAACUUUUAUCAUGGAGCAAAUUCAAAUGUCAAUGCUCAGCCUAAUAGUCAGUACUCCGAAAGCUACAUUUCAGGUCCUAGCUUAUCCUAUAAAUCCUUCCUCACUAGCCCAUCGGAAUUGACAUCAAGUGAGUACAGUGCUCGUUUUCCACCUACUUUUAAAGGCUCUCGAGAUCCAGCGACAAUGAACCAAAAUCUCCCCAAAGAAUUGACAAUGCACGAAAGACUCCUAGAACCUCAUCAUUCUUUGCCUUCAACACCUGUCCCUAUUAAUGAUGAAUUUGACGACAGCUUCUCGUUUGGGGGAAGAAGCUUAUCCACAGAGCAUUAUCCCAGAGGCUUACCUCAAAAUAUUUACAAGAGUUCAGGGGAUACUCCUCAUAGAAUAUACGAGAGCAAUACGGAUGUUAGCGGUGAUUUUUCGGGGCAUCGGUCACCUCCAUUGCCGGCGGUUGAAGCUGCCGCGGGCAACAUUAGAGAAAACGGAAUGCAUUCUGGAGGGUUGACAGCUAGUGAUUAUCGUGAUCCGCUUUUCAGGGAGGCCUCUUCGUCACAUUUUCUGACGUUUGGCAACAACGAUAGAGCAUCUGGAGACGGUAGGAGUUUCAGUUCAUUAACUCCUCAAACCUCCGUCGUCGACCAUGUUAAUUCACAGCAUACUAUCGAUGGCAGAAUAGUUUCUCGUUUAAGGAGUAUUGCUUUCCAAGGCCCAUCUGUUUCAGAAUUUCAAAAUUUCGCGUCUGUUCAAAACCCUAACUUAGAUGCUGGAGCCAGAGGGCGUGGAGGCAUUUCAAUUCAACUUGACCCACCGAUUGUAGGGUAGGGUUGAAGCCCAAAUUUCAUCCUAUGAACAGCUGUAUUCGAGCAACUAUUUUAUUAUUAAUUCGGGUCAACAAAAAUUCUUAGUAUAUUCUAUACUAACUAAGACGAUGGAGUGAACAAAAAGUUCUUAAGGUACUUUUGCUAGGGGUUGGUAAUAUGUUUCGUUGUCUUAAAGGAUCUACUUUUAAUGAGCGAAAUAGAAUGAGUUGUUGAAUUGUGGGCACUGGCGCCAUUAAAUAAUAGAUCGUGUGCUAAUUAAUGUUGUGAUGAAAUUAGCCUGCAACAUUAACCAAAAUUUCAAGUUUUGUCUCUUGCCGUCAAAUGAAAAAAUUAGAUCAGGA